AGAGAGAGCCCAUCGAUCCAAUUGGCUACUCCCUGAUUCUCUCUUUUCUUCUUCGCGUUUCUAGGUUUUUUGGUGUCUGCUCUUUGCAUCGGAGCUUCGAUUGCAAUCGGAUCGUAGCUUCACGCCACAGAAGAUGUUCUUGGUCGAUUGGUUUUAUGGGAUUCUUGCUUCUCUCGGUCUAUGGCAGAAGGAGGCCAAGAUCUUGUUCUUGGGCCUCGAUAAUGCUGGGAAAACCACCUUGCUUCACAUGCUUAUAGAUGAGAGAUUGGUUCAACAUCAACCAACACAAUACUCUACAUCUGAGGAACUUGGUAUUGGGAAAAUCAAGUUCAAGGCUUUUGACUUGGGAGGGCAUCAGAUUGCACGCUGUGUUUGGAAAGACUAUUAUGCCAAGGUGGAUGCAGUUGUUUACUUGGUGGACGCAUUUGAUAAAGCAAGAUUUGCGGAGUCAAAGAAAGAGUUGGAUGCUCUCCUCUCAGAUGAGUCCCUUACCAAUGUGCCUUUUCUGAUUUUGGCCAAUAAGAUUGACAUCCCAUACGCUGCCUCUGAAGAUGAAUUGCGUUACAACCUGGGGUUGACAAACAUCACUUUUGGUAAGGGAAAGGUGAACCUGGCCGACUCCAACGUGCACCCUCUUGAGAUAUUCAUGUGCAGCAUAGUCCGCAAGAUGGGGUACGGAGAAGGCUUCAAGUGGAUGUCUCAAUACAUAAAGUGAUUAGCUGCUCCCAG